CAUGGUGUUUGUGGAGCAGCUCUGAAGGACUGAGACGAGUAGAUCAGAUCAGAUCGGAGGUUAUGAGGAGGUUUUUCAGAGUGGACAGAGAUGAGGAUUACGGUCAGAUUCAGUAUCUCACAGCUAAAUGCAUCCGUCUGUCUCAGGAGAAAGCAGUGCUCCAGCGAGAGCUGCUGGUGUCUGGUGAGCGUCAGCAGGUUCUUCAGGCAGAGAUGGAGGAUCUGUCGGUGCGUGUUUGUCAGAAGGAGCAGCUCUAUGUGGAGCUGAGCAUCAAAUAUGAACAACUUCUGGAGCGAUUUCAGAAACAGCAGGAACAGGCUGAUCUCCUGCAGCAGCGUUUGAUCUCUGUGACAGAAGAGCGCUGGAGGGAUGCCUCACUUCUAUCUCUUCAGCUAGAGAAGGUGAGCUGUGAUUUAAAGCUGCUGCAGGGCUCAGAAAAGCAGCUCAUGGGCCUGGUGGACGAGCUGCACCAGGAGGCCCAGCUCAGAGCCCAGCAGACAGAGGUCUUGGAGACGCAGCUCCACAAGGAGACUCAGAAAAUACAAGAUCUAGAGAUGCAGCUAAACAGCAAAUCUCUCGAGCUGAUGGAACUCCAGAUGUCCCAUGAAGCCCUGCGGCAAGAUCUGCAGGAUCAGCGCAGCGCCCACCAGAGGACGGUGGAGGAACUGCGGCGCGAGAACUCGGAGAGUCUCGGCAAACUCCGUGAAACAGCCGAACAGUUCGAGUGGCUCUGCGAGCAGCAGCGGAGAUGGAUGAGCUGCGUCAAGAGGUUUAAGGACUGUCUGUCAGGUGAGAAGGAGUCCCUGGAGCUGCAGGUGAACAGGUUACAGAUGGAGUUGGAUACUGUCAGGAAUACUGUGCAUUUCAAUCGUUCCACAGAACCCUGCAACAGGAGGGAUGUUGAGCUCCAGGCUGAGGUGGACCGAUGGAAAACACAGUAUGAAGACCUGCUCAAGCUCACCACACAGCAGAAAGCAGCAGAUGGACACCUCAAACCCCCGUGAGGACCCAAACACAGACGACAGCUUCACAUCACAAACUGAUUGAAAAACCUCUAGUUCUGCUGAAAUCAUUGUUAGUGAAUAUGCAGGGUUUAUGAAAAAAGAGAGCAGUCCAGGUCAAGUUCUUCAUUCUGUUCUUCAUUUGUUUAGCUGUUUGUGCUUCAGGGUCAUCAGAAUUACAAUAAAUGUUGUGCAAUCUAUUGCAUUUUUAUGCAGGAUGUUAGAAGUUGUGAGAGUGUUCAGACACUAGAUGGUGAUGUUCUACCUCUGACAGUCACAUUAAACACAGCUUU